ACAAUGCUCUGGGGUGUCCAUCUCUCACCCUUCCUAUCUGGCUGUCCUAGGAUGAGCUGCCCGCGUUAGCCAUUUCCAGGCCCCAGACCAGCCUGUCCUUCCUGGCCCCGGAGCCUGAGGAUCUAGAGGAUCUUUACAGCCGCUACAAGAAGCUGCAGCAGGAGCUGGAGUUCCUGGAGGUGCAGGAGGAGUAUAUCAAGGAUGAACAGAAGAACCUGAAGAAGGAGUUCCUGCACGCACAGGAGGAGGUGAAGCGCAUCCAGAGCAUCCCGCUGGUCAUUGGCCAGUUCCUGGAGGCCGUGGAUCAGAACACAGCCAUUGUGGGCUCUACCACAGGCUCCAAUUAUUAUGUGCGAAUCCUGAGCACUAUCGACCGGGAGCUGCUGAAGCCCAAUGCAUCAGUGGCCCUCCAUAAGCACAGCAAUGCACUGGUGGAUGUCCUGCCACCUGAGGCUGACAGCAGCAUCAUGAUGCUGACGUCAGAUCAGAAGCCAGAUGUGAUGUACGCCGACAUUGGGGGCAUGGACAUCCAGAAGCAGGAGGUGAGGGAGGCUGUGGAGCUGCCCCUCACCCACUUUGAGCUCUAUAAACAGAUUGGCAUUGACCCCCCGCGCGGUGUCCUGAUGUACGGGCCCCCUGGCUGUGGGAAGACCAUGCUGGCCAAAGCCGUGGCCCAUCAUACCACAGCUGCCUUCAUCCGUGUGGUGGGCUCUGAGUUUGUGCAGAAGUACCUGGGCGAAGGGCCGCGCAUGGUGCGAGAUGUCUUCCGGCUGGCCAAGGAGAAUGCACCCGCCAUCAUCUUCAUCGACGAGAUCGACGCCAUCGCCACCAAGCGCUUCGAUGCCCAGACGGGGGCUGACAGGGAGGUUCAGCGCAUCCUGCUGGAGCUGCUCAACCAGAUGGAUGGUUUUGACCAGAACGUCAACGUCAAGGUGAUCAUGGCCACUAACCGGGCAGACACGCUGGAUCCUGCCCUACUGCGGCCCGGCCGUCUUGACCGCAAGAUCGAGUUCCCCUUGCCUGACCGGCGCCAGAAACGCCUCAUCUUCUCCACCAUCACCAGCAAGAUGAACCUGUCCGAGGAGGUGGACCUGGAGGACUAUGUGGCCCGGCCAGAUAAGAUCUCAGGUGCUGAUAUCAACUCCAUCUGCCAGGAGGGCGGGAUGCUGGCCGUGAGGGAGAACCGCUACAUUGUCCUGGCCAAGGACUUUGAGAAGGCAUACAAGACGGUCAUCAAGAAGGAUGAGCAGGAGCACGAGUUCUACAAAUGAAGAGCUUGGAGCGAUUGUCUGGGAGGCUCAAAAUCCAUCCCUAAUAAACCAGCGCUGGCUCCCUAA